AAAAGAAAGAAAGAAAGAAUGGAGUUCCAAAUAGUUUGUGAAGAUACCAUCAAGCCCUUGUCCUCUACCCCACCGGAGCUCAGAAUUGUCCCUCUCUGCUUGUUCGAUCAAGAAGCCCUUAACGUUUACUUACCAAUCUUCUUUUUCUACAACAUCGACGACGACGACGACGACGACAAUCUCAGUUCCGACCGAUGUCGAGUGCUGAAGGACAGUCUCUCGAAAGCCUUAACUUUCUACUACCCUUUUGCUGGCCGUCUCAUUUUAAGCAACGAGUCAAAACAUUUCUCAUCGAAUGAACAACGUGGUGGUUAUGUCGACUGCAACGACAUGGGCGUCACGUUCUUGGAGGCAAAGGCCGGAUGUCCGAUGUCGGAGAUUAUGUAUGACAACAACUUACAACGGGAAGAGAGGUUGAAGUUGCUUCUUUUAGAUGACAUGAAUAAAAAGGACCACGGAUUAUUGCAUCCUCUAAUGUCUAUUCAGUUGACCCAAUUUGAAUGUGGAGGCGAAGUGAUUUGUGUUUCUGUCUAUCACAAACUUGUGGAUAUAACCUCCACAACCAACUUCAUGAGAGACUGGGCUUCCAUUGCUCGUAGCUUCCGUGAUGGCGAUCCGCCGACGGCGAGUCCUCAGUUCAAUGCCGCCACCUUUUUCCGACCCGAACUCGACACAAACGAUGGCUCAUCUGGCGGACAAGAUGAGUCGGGAACGAGCGAUGGCCCAUCUGCUGGCCAAGAUGAGUUAGGAACGAAUGAAAAAGUUUGUAAUAAGAGAUUGGUAUUUGAAAGUUCGAAGAUAGCGGCUCUUAAAGCCAUGGUUUCUGAGAAAGUAGAGAAUCCAACUCGUGUUCAGCUUGUCGCUGCGUUAAUCUACAAAGCUGCCAUUUCUGCUAAAUUUUCAGUCACAGGUUGUCUGCCAGAAAUAAGUCUACUCCUUCUUGUAAUCAACUUACGCAACAGAGUGGAGCCGCCAUUGCCAACAUUAAUAGGCAACAUACUCACAUCCUUCAUAGCAUCAUCAACCACAAAGGAGCAUAGGGAAAUGGAGCUAUGGGACUUAGUGAGUAAAAUGAAGAGAAACUUAGUAGUGUUCUGUAAAAAGUUCCCAAAAGAUUACAAAUCUGAAGAAUGGGGGAAUCUUUACAAAUCAUAUGCCAAAGAAUCAAUGGAGAUGUUGAUCAAUGUAAAGGAACCUCCUAAUGUGUAUGUAUGUUCAAGCUGGUGCAAAUUUCCUGUCUACAGUGUUGAUUUUGGAUGGGGAAAGCCUAUAUGGGUUACUAUACCUGAGUUUCCAAGGAAGAAUGUAAUUAUGCUGUUGGAUACCAAUGAUGGGGAGGGAAUUGAAGUUUUGUUGAGCUUGGAGAAGAAGGAAAUGGAAGUAUUUGAGCAAAACCAAGAGCUUUUCUCGUUUUGUGAGAUAAAAAAGUAGUAGCGACAAUUACAAUAGAGAUUUCAUGACAUUUAGUAAAUGUCACGAGAGCUUUUAUCAUUUUCUGAGAUAAAAAAGUAGUAGCAGAACCUACA